GUUUCAGACUUGAUUGUCAUCUGUAGCGGGUGUAGAAGCAAGUGAAUAGGGAAUGCUGUUUUUCUCUUUUUUCAAGUCUUUGGUUGGACAAGAUGUUGUGGUGGAGCUGAAAAACGACCUGAGUAUAUGCGGAACUUUACAUUCUGUGGAUCAGUAUCUGAAUAUGAAGCUCACCGAUAUAUCUGUGGCAGAGCCUGAGAAGUUUCCACAAAUGCACGCGGUGAAGAAUUGUUUCAUUCGAGGUUCUGUGGUGAGAUACGUCCAGCUUCCCGCCGAUAGACACAGACCAGGAAAUGAUGAGACAAAGAUUUUCUUCCUACUUCCAUCGAUCUCUUUGACAGACAACAGUAUUCUCCAAUGCUGAGGUUGUCGUGUAUUUUGAUGAAACUGUCAACAUGUGACUUAGCCGUAUGUGAUUUUUGCGUACUGUCGUUAUUGUUCUUUGAAAUUUUUUUUGCUGGAAUUUAGACAGAUGCAGAGUAGAGAUUACUAUUUUCAUUUUGGGUAAACGCACAUUGUAAGCAUGGUGAAGUAAACUUGAGAAAAG